GACGCUCACCCUGAGCCCUGAGGCAUGCGGAGCCCGGGCCGGCGGCGGCAGCAGCAGCAGGAUGAGUGCCAGCGAGGCGGGCAGCCGGGCCAGCCCCGAGCAGGCAGCCUACCACCUGCACAUCUACCCGCAGCUGUCUGCCGAGAGCCAGGCCUCCUGCCGCGUGACAGCCACCAAGGAUACCACCACGUCCGACGUCAUCCGCGAUGCCAUCGCCAUCUUGCGCCUGGACGGCUCCAAGCGCUACGUACUGGUGGAGGUGAAGGAGUCGGGUGGCGAGGAGUGGGUGCUGGAUGCCAAUGACUCACCUGUGCACCGUGUACUGCUGUGGCCACGCCGCGCCCAGGAUGAGCACCCGCGCUGUGAUGGCUACUACUUCCUGCUGCAGGAGCGCAAUGCUGACGGCACCAUCAAGUACCUGCACAUGCAGCUGGUGGCACAGACGGCAGCUGCCCGGCGCCUGGCACAGCGCGGCUUCCUGCCCUGGCAGCAGGCCGACUUUGACGACCUGUGCGACCUGCCUGAGCUGACCGAGGCUAACCUGCUGCGCAACCUCAAGCGGCGCUUCCUGCAGCAGAAGAUCUACACCUACGCCGGCAGCAUCCUCGUGGCCAUCAACCCCUUUAAGUUCCUGCCCAUCUACAACCCCAAGUACGUGAAGAUGUACGAGAACCAGCAGCUAGGCCGGCUGGAGCCCCACAUCUUCGCUAUCGCUGAUGCGGCCUACCAUGCCAUGCUGCGCAAGCACCUCAACCAGUGCAUCGUCAUCUCGGGCGAGAGCGGCUCGGGCAAGACGCAGAGCACCAACUUCCUCAUCCACUGCCUCACCGCGCUCAGCCAGAAGGGCUACGCCUGCGGCGUUGAGCGCACCAUCCUGGGUGCUGGGCCUGUGCUUGAGGCUUUCGGCAAUGCCAAGACAGCCCACAACAACAACUCCAGCCGCUUUGGGAAGUUCAUCCAAGUCAACUACCUGGAGAGCGGUAUUGUGCGUGGAGCUGUUGUCGAAAAAUAUCUGCUAGAAAAAUCUCGUCUCGUCUCCCAAGAGAAGGACGAGAGGAACUACCACGUGUUCUAUUACUUGUUGCUCGGGGUCAGCGAGGAAGAACGCCAGGAAUUCCAGUUCAGGCAACCAGAAGAUUACUUCUACCUCAACCAGCACAACUUGAAGAUUGAGGACGGGGAGGACCUGAAGCAUGACUUUGAGAGGCUCAAGCAGGCCAUGGAGAUGGUGGGCUUCCUGCCGGCCACCAAGAAACAGAUUUUCUCCGUCCUCUCAGCCAUCCUGUACCUGGGCAACGUCAUCUACAAGAAGAAGGCCACGGGCCGCGAUGAAGGGCUGGAGGUCGGGCCCCCAGAGGUGCUGGAUACGCUCUCCCAGCUCCUCAAGGUGAAGCGAGAGAUCCUAGUGGAGGUCCUCACCAAGAGAAAAACGGUGACUGUCAAUGACAAGCUCAUCCUGCCCUACAGUUUCAGCGAGGCAAUAACUGCCCGUGACUCCAUGGCCAAGUCUCUGUAUAGCGCCCUGUUUGACUGGAUCGUGCUACGGAUCAACCACGCCCUCCUCAACAAGAAGGACAUGGAGGAGUCUGUGUCGUGCCUCUCCAUUGGGGUACUCGACAUCUUCGGCUUUGAAGACUUCGAGAGGAACAGCUUUGAACAGUUCUGCAUCAACUACGCCAAUGAGCAGCUUCAGUAUUACUUUAAUCAGCACAUUUUCAAACUGGAGCAGGAGGAGUACCAGAGCGAAGGCAUCACUUGGCACAACAUUGACUACACAGACAAUGUGGGCUGUAUUCACCUCAUCAGCAGGAAGCCCACUGGCCUCUUCUACCUGCUGGACGAGGAGAGCAGCUUCCCCCAUGCCACGAGCCAGACCCUGCUGGCCAAGUUCAAGCAGCAGUACGAGGACAACAAGUACUUCCUGGGCACGCCUGUAAUGGAGCCUGCCUUCAUCAUCCAGCACUUCGCAGGGAGGGUCAAGUACCAGAUCAAGGACUUCCGGGAGAAGAACAUGGACUACAUGCGGCCUGACAUCGUGGCUCUCCUGCGAGGCAGUGAUAGCUCCUAUGUACGCGAGCUCAUUGGCAUGGACCCCGUGGCCGUGUUCCGCUGGGCCGUGCUGCGGGCCGCCGUGCAUGCUAUGGCUGUGCUGCGGGAGGCUGGACGGCUGCGGGCUGAGAGGGCCGAGAAGGCUGCAGGUACAGAUGGCUCUGGCAUCCGAAAUCACCCAGGAGAGCCUCAGAGAACAGCCAGCACCGCAUCGGAAAAACUGUACCGAGACUUGCAUGACCAAAUCAUCAGGACCAUCAAGGGGCUGCCCUGGCAGGGCGAGGACCCCCGGCGGCUUCUCCAGUCCCUCAGCCGGCUCCAGAAACCCCCAGCCUUCAUCCUGAAAAGUAAAGGUAUCAAACAAAAGCAGAUCAUUCCCAAGAACCUAUUGGACUCCAAGUCCCUGAAGCUCAUCAUUAGCAUGACCCUGCAUGACCGUACCACCAAAUCGCUCCUGCACCUGCACAAGAAGAAGAAGCCACCCAGCAUCAGCGCACAGUUCCAGACAUCCCUUAACAAGCUCCUGGAAGCACUGGGCAAGGCAGAGCCCUUCUUCAUCCGCUGCAUCCGCUCUAACGCUGAGAAGAAGGAGCUGUGCUUCGACGAGGAGCUGGUGCUGCAGCAGCUGCGCUACACGGGCAUGCUGGAGACUGUGCGCAUCCGGAGGUCGGGCUACAGCGCCAAGUACACCUUCCAGGACUUCACGGAGCAGUUCCAGGUGCUUUUGCCCAAGAAUGCCCUACCCUGCAGGGAGGUCAUCUCCACGCUGCUAGAGAAGAUGGCCGUGGACAAAAAGAACUACCAGAUCGGGAAAACCAAGGUGUUCCUGAAAGAGCUGGAACGGCAGGCCCUACAGGAGACGCUGCACAGGGAAGUCAUGCGCAAGAUCCUGCUGCUGCAGAGCUGGUUCCGGAUGGUUCUGGAACGCCGGCACUUCCUACAGAUGAAACGGGCAGCCGUCACCAUCCAAGCCUGCUGGCGUUCCUACCGAGUCCGGCGGGCGUUGGAGAGGACACAGGCAGCCGUGUUCCUUCAGGCCGCAUGGAGGGGCUACUUGCAGCGGAGGGCCUACCGGCACCGGAGACAGAGCAUCAUCCGCCUGCAGAGCCUCUGCCGGGGCCACCUGCAGCGCAAAAGCUUCAGCCAGAUGGUCUUGGAGAAGCGGAAGGCAGAAGAAAAGGAAAGAGAGGCACAGCUUGCCGCAGGGGAAGCCACUGAGGAGGCCAGUGGGGAGCAGGAGCUUGGGCACAUGCCGUCUGAGGUCCCUGAGCCCCUGGCCAUGUCGGAGCCUGAGCCACAGCCCAGUGAUGGGCCCCCCACAGUGAUCUCCCACCCAGAGACAGAGACCCCAAUUCCAGAGAAGCCCACCCCUUCCCAGAAACUGCCAGCUGAAAAUCACGAGAAAGCCCCCAGCAGCCGCGAGAAGCGCGAGUCGAGACGGCAGAGGGGCCUGGAGCAUGUGAAAUUCCAGAACAAGCACAUCCAGUCCUAUAAGGAAGAGAGUGCUCUCCGAGAAGCUUCCGGAAGGGCAGGCCCAGAGCAAGAGGAAAACCUUCUGGAAGACCAGAAGGACAGCAGGGAAGAGGGUACCCCCUUGAAUGCACAACUGGAGGCUGAACCCAUAUCCCCUGCAAAGCAGCCCCUGGACAUUUCACAGGCUGUAGCAACCAGUGAGACCCCUGUGGACGCCCAGGAGGGGAGCCCAAGGCCUGACCGCACAGAGCGGCCCAGUAGCCUGGCCCUGGACAGCAGAGCUGGUGCCCCAGAGACCCCCAAGGACCGGAGCAGGCCAGACGCCAGCCCCCGGGACCAGCCUGACAGCCCUAGCACCUCAGCCCAGAUCCAGCGGUACCGCGAGGCCGACUUGGAUCGGCUGGCCAGUGCCGUGGAGCUGUGGCGCGGCAAGAAUCUCAUGAACACCAGGCCCUGCGCCAUGCUGAGCCAGUCGCUGGACCUCAGCGAGCACCGCCGGGAUGCCCUCACGCCCACAGAAGAGAGACGCAUCUCCUUAUCCACAAGUGACGUCUCCGGCCUCCUCCCAUCUCCAGCCAAGACCCAGUCCUUGUCAGAAACAGUGGACGGGGAGCCCAGCUCUAAGAAGCCAGUGGUCCAGAAGAAAAAGUCGGGUGACUCGGCCUCCAUCACAGACGCGAGGCUGUACCCUAGUCCCCAGGCCGACUCCAAGUCUGCGUUCAAGAGGCUCUUCCUGUAUAAGAACAAGGAUAAGAAGUAUAGUCUGGAGGGUGUGGAGGAGGUGGAGAACACAGGAUCUGGGCCCGCUGUACUGGAAGCUGCCACUUCGAAGAAGAGUCUAGAAGCCCCCUCCAGCUCCCAGCACCGCCACCCGGCAGGAGAGAAGCCCGCCAAAGAGCCAGGAGGCAAAGGGAAGAAGAACCGAAACCUCAAGAUCGGCAAAAUCACGGUGUCUGAGAAGUGGCGGGAGUCGGUGUUCCGCCAGAUCACUAACGCCAAUGAGCUCAAGUACCUGGAUGAGUUCCUGCUCAACAAGAUCAACGACCUACGCUCCCAGAAGACCCCCAUUGAAAGCUUGUUCAUUGAGGCAACCGAGAAGUUCCGCAGCAACCUCAAAACCAUGUACUCCGUGCCGAACGGGAAGAUCCACGUGGGUUACAAGGACCUGAUGGAGAACUACCAGAUAGUGGUGAGCAACAUGGCGGACGAGCGCGGCGAGAAGGACACCAACCCAGUGCUCAACCUCUUCCAGACCCUGCUGGACGAGUUCACCCGCGGGCACUCCAAGAGCGACUUUGAGGCCCCUAAGCAGAGCAAGUCUCAGAAGAAGCGGAAGCAGGAGCGUGCUGUGCAGCAGCACAACGGGCAUGUGUUCGCCAGCUACCAGGUGAGCAUCCCCCAGUCGUGCGAGCAUUGCCUCUCCUACAUCUGGCUCAUGGACAAGGCUCUGCUGUGCACCGCGUGCAAGAUGACCUGCCACAAGAAGUGUGGGUACAAGAUCCAGACCUACUGCUACUACACGUGCAGGCAGGAGGUGGAGCCAGGCGCAGAACCGGGCCACUUCGGCGUGUGCGUAGACAGCCUGACCAGCGACAAGGUCUCGGUGCCCGUCGUGCUGGAGAAACUUCUGGAACAUGUGGAGAUGCACGGCCUGUACACUGAGGGCCUCUACCGCAAGUCGGGCGCCGCCAACCGCACACGGGAGCUACGACAGGCGCUGCAGACAGACCCCGUGGCGGUCAAGCUGGAGAACUACCCCAUUCACGCUAUCACGGGAGUCCUGAAACAAUGGCUACGUGAGCUGCCUGAGCCCCUCAUGACUUUUGCCCAGUAUAACGACUUCCUCCAUGCUGUUGAGCUGCCUGAGCGACAGGAGCAGCUGGCUGCCAUCUACGCUGUCCUGGACCACCUGCCUGAGGCCAACCACAACUCCCUAGAGCGGCUCAUCUUCCACCUUGUCAAGGUGGCUCUGCUCGAGGAUGUGAACCGCAUGUCACCUAGUGCCCUGGCCAUCGUCUUCGCGCCCUGCCUGCUGCGCUGCCCCGACACCUCUGACCCGCUGACCAGCAUGAAGGAUGUGCUGAAGAUCACCACGUGCGUGGAGAUGCUGAUCAAGGAGCAGUUGCGAAAGUACAGGGUGAAGAUGGAUGAGAUUAGCCAGCUGGAGGCUGCUGAGAGUCUCGCCUUCCGCAGGCUCUCGCUGCUGCGGCAGAACACUAACAAGAGCCCCAAAGCUUGCCCAGAGGAGCUGGGUGUGUUGCCUGAGGAGGAGGCAGCCGUGGCAGCUGGGGAUGAUGAGGACCGCGAGAAGGAGAUCCUCAUGGAGCGCAUCCAGUCCAUCAAGGAGGAGAAGGAGGACAUCACCUACCGGCUGCCUGAGCUUGACCCGCGCGGCUCAGAUGAGGAGAACCUGGACUCUGAGACAUCAGCUAGCACAGAGAGUCUGCUGGAGGAGCGGGCCGGACGGGGGGCCGCGGAAGACCAGGCGAACAGCUGAGGGCUGCAGCUGGCCAAGCCCAGGCGUCUAAGGACAGCCCAGUACGGAGAGAGUGGAUCCACUGAGCGUGCAGGACAUGCUGGAGCCAGGUCCGGAUGCCUCGCUGCAGCGCCAGCGUCGGUUUUCUAGAAGGAUCCAGAAGAGUGCCGCGCACGUGUGGUCCAAGAUGCGCACUGGCACAGUGCGGGGCCCAGCAGGGAGCAGCGAAUCAGGCCACCUCUGCCUCCCUCCCCUAUGGCUGUCCCGCCCAGUCCCCGCGGGAGGCCCCACGUGGCCACCUCCGCUUUGUACGUUUUGAUGGUAACUUCGUUUGUACAUGGUUUACAUAACUUGAAACUGUAACAGCCUUAACGGGAGACCAAAUCGUUUUUUGUUUUGUUUUUAUAAAUAUAUGUAUAUGUAAAAACUUGUAUGUUAACCCUGUGCAUCCUCCUUGAACCUGGACGCGAGUCGCCAGUGGAGUAGACGGGUGCCGACACGAAGCCACGCUCCGGAAUCGCAGGCCAGCGCUGUGGCCGGAUUGGGGUCAUUGGGUCAUCGGGCCUUUGGAGGAUGUGGACACUUGGAGCAUCUGGCAGUGCUGAGGACCUUGCAGAUGUGCCCGGCUCCACAGGCACCUCACGUCGUCGUGGAGUGUUGGAGCCGUCUGUGGGUUCAGGGGUCUCCGCACGAUCCAGGACGCCAGGCAGGAGUGGCCUCUGCCUGUGGCACCACCAGACCUCACCUCCCCCGGAGUCAGGUCCCGGCGGGACAAGCGUGGCCAGGCUCUCUGUGUCUGCUGUGCUCUGGACACAGCUCCCUCUUGCUCCUGGCCCCUGUAGCACAACAGGAGUGGCCUGCCUCGGGGCUUCUCCAGGUGAGGCCUGUGGUUUCACAUCCCUGGCAGUCAAUAGUGGCAACUUGGGGGAUUCGGGGAGUGGGGUUCUUUCUCCCAGGCUCAGCCCCCUCCCCCAGUUACCUUGACACGUGAAAUAAAGAAAAAGU